UCAAAAGGAAACCAAUUGGAAAACUGAGCAAAGAAGAAUGGCGACUUGACCUUUCUGAGCCCAUUUGGAAGAAAAAUGGCCAAGGCGGCAGAUGGAGGUUCAUUAUAGCCUGAAGAAACUAGGGAGCAUGAUGCUGCUUCUCCUUCUCAUCACUGCACCUUCUCUUGCAGCUGGUGGCAGAGGAAGCAGCUUCGAAGAGGGACCUGCUGCUGCUGUGACCCCCUCUUUCGAGGAGAAGACUAGUAGGGGAGGAGCAGUCCAUGAGAGGGCUCUGCUGCAGGUGGCAAACACAAAUGACUAUGGAAAUUAUGAACCAACACCUACUUUCUCCAAGCCGCCACGGAAGGUCAUUCCGAAUUGAUCGAUCGUCUCCAAAAUCGUCCUAUCAUCAUAUCACUCAUCACAAUCAUCACCUACAUACCGAUCUAAAUCGAAGAAUAAGGCAUCGGAUCCUAUCGAAAGCAGCUGUAGCUAUAGCUGAUUUGUUGUACUACUUCUCCUACUUCUGUUAUAUUAUAACUAUGGAUGAUUGUGUAAAUUUCGUGUAUCCUAAGCAAUCAUUUAAAUAAACGAGU